UACAGUUUCCCCCCUCUCCUCCUUUAGAUUCCUCUCAUAAACUACAUACACCCUCACAAUGGCUCUUACACAAGCUCAGGUCGCCAUCGUCAAGUCGACGGCUCCCAUCCUCAAGGAGCACGGCAAGACCAUCACCACCACCUUCUACCGCAACAUGCUCGGCGCUCACCCCGAGCUCAAGAACUACUUCUCAUUGCGCAACCAGCAGACGGGUGCUCAGCAGGCCGCCCUCGCCAACUCUGUCCUCGCCUACGCAACCCACAUCGACGACCUCGGCAAGCUGUCCCAUGCUGUUGAGCGUAUUGCUCAGAAGCACGUUUCGCUCUUUAUCAAGCCUGAGCAGUAUCAAAUUGUCGGUACGCAUCUGAUUGGUGCUAUUGGUGAGGUUCUCGGCUCUGCCCUGACCACCGAGAUCAAGGAGGCUUGGAUCGCCGCCUACGGUCAGCUGGCCGACAUCUUUAUCAAGCGAGAAGGCGAUCUGUACGAGGCUGCUGGAGAGUGGAACUCGUGGCGCAAGUUCAAGAUUGUCAAGAAGGAGGCUGAGAACGACGCCGUUACCAGCUUCUAUCUUGAGGCCCUUGAUGGCAAGCCCCUGCCCAAGUUCCUCCCCGGCCAGUACGUCAGCCUGCAGAUUCCCAUCCCUGAGCUCGACGGUCUCCUCCAGAGCCGACAGUUCAGUCUCAGCGAAGCCCCUGGCAGCAACCAUCUCCGCGUGAGCGUCAAGCUUGAGGGUCCCACCGAGGAGCCCUCCAUCCAGGACUUGGCCGCUGGCAAGAUCGCCGGUCUUGUUUCUAACCGCCUGCACAAGCGCUACAACGUCGGGGACGAGGUUGAACUAAGCCCUCCCUGCGGAGAAUUCUUUGUCAACCCUGCCGACACCUCUGCCGCCAAGAAGCCCCUGGUUCUCGUCUCUGCUGGUGUCGGCGCUACUCCUCUCGUCUCCAUCUACGACUCCGUCCUCGCCUCCGAGACUGCCUCACGACCCAUCACCUGGAUCCACGGCGCCCGCUACUCAGGAUCUACUUGCUUCGUGCCUCACAUUCUCGAGACAGCCAAGCAGCACGACAACGUGACGGCCAAGAUCUUCCUCGAGGACGCCAAGGACGGCGACGCCUUUGACUUUGAGGGCCAGAUCGACCUCGCCCGCCUCGAGAAGGAGAACCUCCUCCACCUCAACAACCAAGAGGCAGAGUACUUCAUCUGCGGUCCUGAGGACUGGAUGGUUGGCGUGAGGACCUGGCUCGAGGAGAAGGGUGUUCCCCGCGAGCGCCAGCACCUCGAGCUGUUCAAGACUGGAGAUGUCUAAUUUCCUAGAACGAUACAACGAGAAACUGGGAUGUUUAAAAAGAGAAUGGGAUACACGCUAGGAUUCAGGAUGACGAUGUCAGGGUUUUCUUUUCUGUCUUGUCUUUUUACUGCGAAUACUUUGUUAUUUGUUCAUCUGGCAUUUCGAAGGCGUUGGAAUCCUAGCUUUUCUAUAGCGGGUGGUUUUCUUGACUACACCGAAUUUUGUUUUCCAAAGAGUAGAAAGCGUAUAUCCUAGAUACCACCCAUCUCGAACGAAAAAUGAAUGUUAUUAUUUUUAG